ACUAGAAAAAGAACAGAGAGAACCCUCAGGCAGGAGACAGAACUCCUGUGUCGGCCGCUCUGCAGGUAAUUGGGAGCCACGGCCCUUCAGAAGGCUAAGUGGCAUCUGCCUCCUGGUGGCUUGGUGACAUGGUGACAUGGGACAGGUAGGGUGAACCAGCCAGAGGCCUCAGGGUGGAUGCAGGUCCCUGGUUUCCCAAGAUGGAUUCCAGCAGGCUGGAGCGGGAACUACAGUGGAUGAAGCUGGUCUGGGAGGAGGCCCCGGCAGACGAGACGGAGGGACCUGUUACUUCCCAGGGCUGGAGUACUCUGUUCCAGGCAGUGUGGUGGGGUGCUCCUAGCCUGGUGACGCAGCUGCUGAGGCAAGGCGCCAACGUGGAGGAGAGGGAUCACACAGGUCGGACUCCACUCCAUUUGGCUGUGAUGCGGGGCCAUGCGCCGCUGGUCCGCCUACUGUUGCAGCGUGGGGCACUGGCGGGCGCAGUUGACCACACAGGGCGCACACCGUUGCAUGAAGCCGCCUGGCACGGGCACUCGAACGUGGCAGAACUAUUGCUGCGGAGAGGGGCCUCUGCAGAGGCAUGCUCUCAAACGGGCCUCACACCCUUGCACGGGGCAGCUGCUCUGGGCCGCACGCUACUGGUUACACGCCUUAUGGCGGCUCCAGGUUCAGACCCUGAUGUGAAAGACUUAAGGGGCUGGACUGCCACCCACUGGGCAGUGGCUUGCGGGCAGCUGCCUGUGCUGGAGCUGCUCACUGCUGGAGGCAGCGUAGACCUGGACAGCGCCCUGCUGGUGUCGGCACUAGCUGGAAGCACAUCUGCUUUGCGGCUUCUCCUGCAACUGGGGGCAAAGGUGGACACCCUGGACAGCACAGGGGCCACCGCACUUGGCCUAGCAGCUGGCCUUGGCCACCACCAAGACAUUGAGGUGCUGCUGGGCCAUGGGGCAGACCCAAGUCUCAGGGACAGGAACAACCGCUCUGCACUCCACAGGGCUGCCACUGGUGGGUUCGUACCUGUUACACAGCUGCUGUUGGCCACGGGUAUUGAGGUGGAUGCCCGAGACUCACUGGGCCUCACACCUCUGCACUACGCCGCUCGGGGAGGCCAUGUAGAAGUUGUCAGCCAUCUCCUGGACAAUGGUGCACACAUCGAUGCUGCUGGCUGGCUCCACAAGACCCCUCUGCACCUUGCUGUGGAGUGUGGCCACAGAACCACCGUGGAGCUUUUGCUGAGCCGAGGAGCCAACUCUACCUUAAUGACACAGUGGGGUGAAGUAGCCCCCGGAGGGUGUCCGUCCCAGGCACCGCCUGACUUCCUAGACUAACCAAC